UAUUAAGCAGUCUACAUCGACAUGAAUUACACCUGUCUCGUGCCUUUAUUCACAUUGCUAUUCGCUUUGUUUGUGUCUGGCAGUCUGAAAGCUCUUAAUCCGUAUCGUCACAGCUGGGAGCUGCUGCUGCAGGAGCCCAGCUCAGGACCCUAUACGAGAGAGGAUGCGGCUGCAGUGCAAGAACUUUGGCUAACCCAAAAUCUUGAUCACUUUGAGGCUGGCGAUAAUAGAACCUGGCAAAUGCGUUAUUUUCGCAAUGCUAAAUAUCAUAAGCCCCAGGGUCCGAUGUAUAUAUUUUUGGGCGGCGAGUGGACCAUUACGCCUGGCUUGCUCAGCACCGGUCUAACCCAUGAUAUGGCCGUGGAAAAUGCGGGCAUUUUGUUCUACACCGAGCAUCGAUACUAUGGCCAGAGCUGGCCAUUUGAAAAUAACAAUCUGACUGUGAAGAAUUUAAAGUAUUUAAACCUGCAUCAAGCCUUGGCCGAUGUCGCUCACUUCAUACGAUACCAAAAAUCGCAGUCAGCCAAUCUAACGCAUUCCAAAGUCAUCCUCAUCGGUGGCUCCUACUCUGGCAGCAUGGCAGCCUGGAUGACCCAUCUCUAUCCAGAGCUUGUCGCAGCAGUCUGGGCCUCCAGUGCUCCGCUGCUGGCCAAGGCAGAUUUCUAUGAAUACAUGCACAGGGUCGAAAACUCUUUGACUCUAAGCUAUGGCUCCAAUUGUACGCGGCGCUUAGAGCGAGGCUUUGAGCACUUGGUAAACCUCUUCAAUGAGAAUAAGGCAAGUGACUUACUCAGGAGACUGAAUGCCUGCCCAAAUUAUAAUGCCAGUGAUAGCCUCGAUCGCAUCUCCUUCUUCAGUGGCAUCAACAACUACUUUGCCUGGAUCACACAGAGUUACAGUGCCUACUUGCCACAACUUUGCGAAACGCUUCUCUCGCAGCACUCAAGCGACGCAGAGUCCUUGCUAACUUUUCUUGAGCUGCUCUACACGCUUGACCAACGCUGGAAUGCAUAUUACUGCCAGGACUUUAGCUACAAGUCAAUGCUGCAGCUGUAUAGCGAAUCCUCGGACCACAGCUCGGGCUCACGCGCCUGGUUCUAUCAGACGUGCAGCCAAUUUGGGUGGUUCACAACCACAGGCAGGAGCGCCAUUAACACCACAUCAGGCACCUCCACCUUUGGCAGCGAAGUGCCUUUGUGGUAUUUCGAGCAGCUAUGUCGUGAUGCAUUUGGGCCGGAAGUAGGUCCGGCCACACUAGCCUUGGGCAUCGCACAGAUGAAUUCUGAAUUUGGUGGACAUGACUUCGACCACAGUCUGCGGUAUCGUCAAGUGCUGUUCACUCACGGCGAACUGGAUCCAUGGCGGGUGCUGGGCUAUGAAGGGGGCUGCCAGGCGUUGGUUAUAGCAGGAUACUCCCAUGUAGAGGACCUCGCCAGCAUCAAUGUGCAGGACAGUGUGCCCAUGAAUCUGGCCAAGCUGCGUGUCAUGUCCUUUCUGCGUCGCCACACCGAAGUCAUUUAGAUGGAAUGAAACAUCUUUAUUCUUUAUUAAAUAAAUAACUUAUUCUCCACGUG